AUGGAGAAUGAAAAACUAGCUGCACAUCUUGAAGGUUACAAAGAAUCAAUGAAAAUAAAAAAUCAGUCAUUGUUCAAGGAGUUUGUCUUGCUCGGUCUGACUGAUAUAGUAGAACUUCAGAUAAUCCUGUUUGUUUGUUUCUUGAUAACCUACUUAAUGACUUUAAUAGGAAAUUUUUUAAUCAUGGUGGUGGCUCUUCAGGAUCAAAGUCUUCACACUCCCAUGUAUUUCUUCUUAUGGUGUUUAGCAUUUCUGGAUAUCUGCCUUUCAUCUGUUGCUGUCCCCAAAAUGCUUGCCGAUUUCCUCACUGUGAAGAAGACUAUAUCCUUCAGUGGCUGCAUCUCACAAAUACACUUUUUCCAUUUCUUCGGAAGCACUGAAGCCAUUCUCUACUCAGCAAUGUCUUAUGACCGAUACGUUGCCAUAGGAUAUCCCCUUCGAUACCUCAACAUCAUGAGCGUAAAAGUUUGCACACACCUUGUGUUAGUCUCAUGGAUAACUGGAUUUUUCCAUGCACUCUUACAUGCUGUGAUGACCUCAAGGCUUCCAUUUUGUGGACCAAAUUUAGUCAAUCAUUUCUUCUGUGACAUUAAACCCGUAAUAACAUUAGCUUGCGCUGACACGUCACUGAAUCUGAAGCUUGUUAGUAGGGUUACUGGGACCUUGGUCACAAUUACCUUACUUCUCACACUUCUCUCAUAUAUCUUUAUUGGAAAAUAUCUUAUAAAGAUACGUACUAUGAAAGGAAGAAAAAAAGCCUUCUCUACCUGUAGUGCUCACCUCACUGUUGUUUCUUUCCAGUAUGGAACAGCACUAUUCACCUAUAUGAGGUCUUCUACAAAUGACUCCUUAAACCAAGAGAGAACUACUGCAAUCCUCUUCACUGCCAUUACUCCAUUGCUGAACCCUAUUAUUUAUACUUUGAGGAACAAAGAUAUGAAGACAGCGAUGGAACAAGUAAUAAGGAGAAUGUGCCUUCAAUGA